AUGUGCAAUGUUUGUGGGGCCAGAAAAUAUUCUGUUGCCUUAUCUCUAGCAAAAGAUCUAAUGAGGUCUAGACUUACAAGAUAUUGUCACCUUUUCGCUUUACUGAUGGAGGUCUAUUUGCAUGUUAUGCCUCAGACAAUGUGGAAUAAUUUACGAUCAAUACUUACAGUGGAACCUGUAGUUUUCCUAUUUAUGACCGCAAUAUUUCUGCAAACUCCAGCCUAUCAACAGCUGAUAUUAAAUAAGGUUUGCCAAGAAUCAUACAAUGACUCCAUAUGUGAAGAUAUUCAGCAAAACAAAGAUGAAUUUAAAGCUGUUCAAAGCAGAGGAUCAUACAUUAUGUUAAUAUACAUUGCUAUAAUUAGUUUAUUGGCAAUUUUACCAGCUCUAAUUCUUGGGGCAUGGUCAGAUAAGGGUAACCGCAAGGUAGGAAUGAUCUUACCUUGUUUCUUCUCUAUUGGAAGUGGAGGACUCUUUAUCGCCAUACAUUAUGUUAAAGAGAUAAGUGUUUACUGGACGUUUGGUGCUGCUGCAUUGAAUGGUAUUUCUGGAGGGCAUGUUUCAAUCUUUUUAAGUGCUUUCAGUUAUUUGGCUGACAUCACAGAAGACUCAAACCGUACUUUUAGGAUGGGCAUUGCAGAAUCUAUGAUAUUUAUUGGUGGAACAUGCGGCUUCCUGCUAAGUGGAACUUUACUACAGCAUAGUACAUUUGCAGUUUUAUUUGGUGUCUACUGUGCCUGUAAUUUCCUUGCAGCACUAUAUGUUCUGCUCUGGAUACAAGAUUCAAAACCUUCUGGAGGAUUUAGUCAAUUUCAUGAAGACUACCAAGGCAGUGACAAUGAUUAUGAUGAAGAAAAAAAAUCACCUUCAAGAAAAACAAUCCUUACAUAUAUAAAAGAGUCAUUCCAAACCGUUUCUAAGAAGCGUGAAGGGCAUAACAGACAGAAAAUUCACCUCAUUUUACUCUGCAUUUUUCUGAUAAAUAUCUGCAAUGUUGGGGAGCAGUCCAUUUCACUGAUGUUUGUGAGUUACCCUCCAAGAAGUUUUAACAACGAGCUCUAUGGUUGGUACACAGGAUCCAAAAUGUUAAUUUCAGGAAUAUGUUUACUUUGCAGUUUUCAUUGGCUUUUAAAACAUGUGAAAGAAACGAGCCUCGCCAACAUUGGAGUAAUCAUGAGAACCAUUUCUUUUCUGUUGAUGGCCUUUUCAACAACAAAAUGGAUGAUAUUUCUAAGUGGUAUAUUACAUGCACCAAGUGGAUACACUGUAGCUGUUCUACGAUCAUUGUCCUCUAAAAUAGCUCAUCCAAAUGAACAAGGUGCCAUGUUUUCCAUUAUGGCAUCUGUUGAAACUACAUGCUUACUUAUUGGUGCAGCAAUAUUCAAUGGACUGUACCCAGCAACCCUCUCAACGUUUCCAGGAAUGUGCUUCAUAAUUAUGGCAACUUUCAUGAUGAUUACUUUUGUGUUGAUUCACCUCUGUACAUGUCUUAUGUAUCUACAAAAACUCCUGGGAGCAAUGCCAACCACUGUGCGGCCAAGCAAUUGCAGGGUGCUGACACUGUCCAUGGUUGCGAUGUCUAGGUCUGACCUUCACAACGCUAUAUGGAAAGAGGAGACUCCUACCACCAUUUGCCUGUCCUCUGCAAGGGCUGGGAGGACCACCGCCAGUCCAGUUGCUGAUAUUGAGAUUGAGGAUGUCACUGUAGACCAGGAUGAGGAGGAUAUGGGUGUAGCUGGAGCUGCGGAGGAAGAUGACUAUGAGGAUUCUGAUGGUGAUGUGGGAUGUUGUGAAAAUACAGGGGUGCUGACACUGUCCAUGGUUGCGAUGUCUAGGCCUGACCUUCACAACGCUAUAUGGAAAGAGGAGACUCCUACCACCAUUUGCCUGUCCUCUGCAAGGGCUGGGAGGACCACCGCCAGUCCAGUUGCUGAUAUUGAGAUUGAGGAUGUCACUGUAGACCAGGAUGAGGAGGAUAUGGGUGUAGCUGGAGCUGCGGAGGAAGAUGACUAUGAGGAUUCUGAUGGUGAUGUGGUUUGUUUGAAUAAGGCACCAGUGGAGAAAGUUGUUGGCCAUGGGAUGAAAAAGCCCACUGUCUUGCCUGGCCACUUCACUAUUGGCUUUUUAUUUAAUGCUGUGUUUAUUACACCAACCUCACUAACUGAUCCUAAGGAUAUUGCUCAUAAAUCUUUAACUCAGACCAAAGGAACAGUAUGA